AUGAGGGAGUUACAUGACCUGCAACUUCAAGCUUUAUCAAGACAGAUUGGCGAAUCCAGUCAUCGUAAUCUUGCAGUAGAACAAGUCAAUACAAUAGAUAGUGAUCCAAAACUGGAUGAGACUAUCAACAUUGAUAUCCCUCCCGACAACAAUAACGCUGGGGGUGGUCCAACCGAAGAUAACAAUGCUGGGGAUGGUCCUGAGUUUGGAAUGGAGGAAACAAAUUCAAAUAGUGUAGAGUUCGGAAUGGGAGAAUCAAGUGUUAUUGGAAUUGAAACUGCGGCCAAUUCUGUAAAUGCUCCUAAACCACUACUAGGAAUGAAGUUUAAUAGUCAUGAAGAAGCUUAUAACUAUUAUAACUCUUAUGCAUUGUUGAUGGGUUUUGGAAUAAGGAAGAGCAGUGUGAAUUACUCUCGCAAGACUAGAGAAGUGAGUAUGACAGCGAAUGAUCCAGAAUUUUAUUUUGCAAUAGAAGUAGACAGUAGUGGACAAAUGAGGAGUGUAUUCUGGGCCGACGGAAGAUCAAGAGCAUCUUGUUUGCAAUUCAGUGAUGUUAUUGUGUUUGAUGUGACAUACAGAACUAAUAAGUUCGGUCUUCCAUUUGCUCCAUUUACUGGUGUAAAUCACCAUAGGCAGUCCACUUUACUUGGUUGUGCAUUAUUAGCCGAUGAACAGGAAGAUACCUUUGUUUGGUUAUUUGAAGAAUGGCUGAAAUGCAUGCACGGCAUUGAACCAGGUGCUAUUAUAACAGAUCAGGAUAGAGCAAUGUGUAAUGCUAUUCACUCAGUGUUUCCAACGACAAGACAUCGUUAUUGCUAUUGGCACAUGCAAAAGCAUAUUAUUGAUCAUUUGCCUACUUUGGUAUCUCGUUAUGGUGAACAGUUUCAAAGGUAUUGGGGCUUGUGGUGCAAUAGUUCUUCAAUUGAACAAUGUGAAGGAUAUUGGGUUGAGAUGAAAGAGAAGUUUGAUAUAAAUGAAGAAGGGGAGGGAUGGUUGCAAACAGUUUACAAAUGCAGAGAACACUGGGUGCCGUGUUAUCUGAAGGACACUUUUUUUGCUGGAAUGAGAUCGAGCCAAAGGAGUGAAAGUAUUAAUGCAUUUUUUGAUGGGUAUGUUAACUCACAGACUCAAUUACACGAGUUUGUGACACAAUAUGAAAAAGCAGUAACUCAUCGCUUAAGUGAAGCCCAUGAAGAUUUUAAAAGUCUGAACACAAAGCCGGUCAUGCUCCUUGGACAUCCAAUUGAGGUCCAAGCUGGAGAAAUGUAUACACGCAAUAUGUUUGAUGUGUUCCAUACUGAAUUCAAAGGAUUUGGUACAGAGUUCUGUGAAGAAUUGAGAAAAGAUGGGGACAUUGUUGAAUACAAGGUCUGUAAGUUUACAGAUAGAGGAAAAUAG